UUGGCUCAGUCCACCGCACGCAUGACUCGCCCUGCUCACUUACACUCAAUUAACACGUCAUUAAGUGCUUGCUACUUUCCCAGGACGCUGGACGGAGCCACAAUCCACUCGUGGAGGGCGUGGAAGCAGCCUGCCGCGAGCAUCCGUACAAACAUGACUGAGGGUUGCGAGUUCGAAAUCGACGUGGAGAGCGUGGAGGCUGAGGCCGACGAUCAGACCGACUGCUCCGGCCGACCCCUGCCGGGCUGCGCGGAUGCGGAGGAGGCGGCGGAGGAGGAGGGCGGCCGCGGCGACAGCAAACCGGGCCCGGGCCCCGGCGGCCUCAGCCCGGGCGAGCAGCGCAAGCUGAGCCGCACGCCCAAGUGCGCGCGGUGCCGCAACCACGGCGUGGUGUCGUGCCUGAAGGGACACAAGCGCUUCUGCCGCUGGAGGGACUGCCAGUGCGCCAACUGCCUGCUGGUGGUGGAGCGGCAGCGGGUCAUGGCGGCCCAGGUGGCGCUCCGGAGGCAGCAAGCCACUGAGGACAAGAAAGGACUAUCAGGGAAACAGAUUCCAGCAGAGAGGAGGACCAUCUAUCAGCGACAUGUUCGUCCGUCCACUCUGCUGGCCAAAAGCAUCCUGGAAGGGUUUCGCCCGGUGCCAUCCGACCCCUUCCUGGCCACCACCCCGUCCCUCCCGCCGCCGCUGAGCGACCGCAUGAGGAAGCGGCGCGCGUUUGCCGACAAGGAGCUGGAGAGCAUCAUGCUGGAGCGCGAGUACAAGGAGCGGGAGCUGCUGGAGAGCAGCCAGGCCUCGCUGCUCUUCCCAGGCAACGUUGUGCACCACGCCACCGACUACAACUCCUACAAGGCGGCGUACUCGCCCGCCGCCCAGCCUGAGGCGCCGCCCAAAGAGCUGUGCGGCCUGCUGGGGCCCGCCUGCCUGGAUGUGUCCAUGCCAUACUCUGCCGCCUCCACCAACGUGGAGCUCAUCUCGUCCAAUGUGAGCAUGGCCACCACUUACCGCCACUACCAGCUGCCGCCGGCACGUGGCGGCGGGUUUGUCAUGUGGCCCAGAGGGGCGGCGAACCUGGGCGACGCCCUGCUGUACCAGCAGUGCCUCUUCAAUGCCACGGCGGUGCAAAACAUGAAGCCCGGCGCUAUUUGGGAGCCCAAAGCCAUGGCCGCUGAGAGCCAGGCGCCAGAGCAGGACCCCACCGAUGUGCUCGCCGCCCUGCCGCAGGACCCCGCUGACCCAGUGAGAGCGGAGGCAAAAUCUGCCUGCGCUGCACAAGGCGGGCAGAGGGAGUGCUCGGCCUUCUAUCCCCCAAAGAGGAGCUUUGGAUCGGCCUUCCCUCACAGCUCGCUGUCCCACAAAGCGGGCAAGGACGGCGCCAAGUUCUCGGUGAAGGUCAACUCCACCUUCCACUCGCUCAUCCAGCACUCCCUGGCCGACAAGAACGGCUCCGGGCCGGACCUCAGGGCGCCGUACUGCAAAGAGCUGCUACAGGAAGCCACGCACAAGCUCAGGGAAAGUUCAGCCAAGGACGCUCAGGCUGCCAAAAUCACUGACAGGUACGCCAAGGACUUCUUGUCCAAGCCCGUCGGGACCAAGAUGGCGCCCUGCGAGUCCUUGUCCUUCUCCGUAGAGGCCAUCUUGAAAAGGCCGGCCAUGACUCGGGCGUUCCAUUGAAAUCUCAAUAAGGCUCCAAAAAGAACACUCGAGCUGUUUUUGUACAGUCUGGUAUCUUUUUUCACUUGCUGCAUGUGGAAUAACUUUAUUGUGAAAAGUAUUUAAACACUUUCCUCAUGGCAAUAAACUUCAUAAGA